AAAGAAGUACGGUUUGAGCAAGGUUGGAACAAGUUUUUUGAGAGGAGAUUACCAAGAUCAAAACAACAACAAAGAUGAAGACAAGGCGCCGUGGAGAGUGGAGAUGUACACGAUCCAGAGCAGACUUCAGAGAGUCGCUUGGGGACGGAUUCAGAGGGCGAAAUCGAACAUUAUGGCGAUGAUGCUGUUCGAUGGGGGGAGGGGGAAAAGGCGGGAGAUGGCAGCAGCGGGCUAUGGCAUAGUUUUGAAUGCUUGGGAGAACGAAAGCGUGAGCAAGACCAAGAGGAGAGGCGAGUUGAGCGUCGGUACCUACGGCGCGCUGCAAGACUGGCCAGCACGCGAGGUACUGUACCUCGCAGAAGUGUCUGUGAGAGAUAUCCGUACUGUACGACCGAGCCCUUGUAGGCCUUUCAACCAGUCAGUGGGCUGGUUGAUCUUGCCCUGGCAUCUCACACUGGACGGCGUGAAGCCCCUCUUUUCCAGCUCCGUGCGACACUGUGCAUAG